CCUAAUUCUGGUUUCCCGCCAUUAAUAACAUUCAAUAUGGUGGCCUUACCAGUACCUCCUUCAACUUCCACCCAAGCAUUUAACAAACAAUAUGCGCAUCACAAUCAAUGGCUAGCUAACCCUUUAGCACUUUUCAGGCUGUGUUCUUCACUCUUCAUACUAUUUUGACAUGGAAGAUGCCCUCGACUUCGGGGAAUUCCAAUGUUAAUUUGAUGCUUGAGAUGUCCCGAAAGGUACAAAAUGUUAUGUUUGAUAGGUGACCUUUUCGAAGUUUUAUUGUUCCAUCAUGACACGCGUCCUUAGAUAGAAUACCGGUCCUUCAAUAUGUUAUUCGCAAGGACUUAAUUACUAAUUUUAGAGUCGUAUCCUUAAUGAAGGAAUUUGUUCAUUAACUAUUACUUAAUGAGUUAUUGAGUUAAAGUAAAUUUCUUUGUUUAGUAUUAUCAUGAUCUUCCACCUUUAUUCAGUUAUUUGCCCCAAAGAGCUGCUACAUGCGCCCACCGGGAGGCAUUAUUGCUCCGGAAGAGAGUCUAAUUGCGGCAGUGUUCAAGUUUGUGGAGCAGCCAGAGAGCAACAAUGAGAAGCAAGCUGCAGGGGAGCUGCAGAAGUGCAGAGAUGAGUUCAAAAUCAUGAGCUUGAAGGUUAAAGGAGGAAUGGAGUGUGUUCCUGAGCUUAAAGAGGAGGGAAAAGUACUUGGCCAGACAGCAAAGUCGGAGCAGCAGACGGAUUCAUCCUGAAGAAGUUGUCUUUCUUUUUGAAAAGGAAACGAAGGUGAAUCCUUCAAUGUAGACAAUUCAGAAAUCUCAGUGAAAGCAAUCAGACAUUCAGCAUAAAUCUCAUUUCACACG